AUGAAGUACACCGCCGCUCUCCUCGCCUUCGCUGUCGGCGCUCUUGCGCAGUCCUCCGUGACCAGCGCUCCUGCAACUACCGCAGUACCCGGAGUUUCCCCUUCCAUUAGCUGUCUUCAGUCUUGCGAUCCCGCCGAUGUUACUUGCCGGGCCUCAUGCUUGGGCAUUGCACGCCCCAACUCCUCCCAGGCCGUAGAGACCACCGAAUGCGCUGCCAAGUGCGACCAAGGUGACGGCACUGCCGAAGCCACCAAGAAGUACUCCGACUGCGUCCAGAGCUGCAUUGCCAGCCUCUUCCCUUCGUCCCAGACUGGCUCUCAGAUUCCUGGCGCAGCUGCUUCGUCCGGUGCUGCUACUGGUACUGGCACCAAGUCUGCUAACCCUACCGCUUCGACUGGCGCAUCUGGCACUGGCUCAUCUGUCAGUCAGACUGGUUCCGCGACUCCUCAGGCUACCAAUGCUGCUAACUCCGUCUCUGCACGCAUUGGUGGUGCUGGCCUCGCUGGUCUUCUGGCCGUUUUCGCUCUUUAG